AUGAAAGGAAACAAAUACUUUAUUUAUGAUAAAGACUAAAGAAAUCAAGAAAUAAUUCAAACUUAGUCAAAAAUAAUUAACUAACUCUGUGAUAAGAACAAAUAAACUUUUGAUAAGUAUGUAAGUUAGCAGCUCUUUUAAAUUGAAAACAAUCUUAAAAAUCAAGAAAAAUAAGAAGUGGUUUAAAUGAAUUUUGAUGAUGGUAGAUAUGUUUUUUACAGAGAUAACUAUAAAAAUCAUAAGCAUUUUGAAUUUUAAAACAAGUGUAUUAUCCUUAUUUAAGGUAUCCCUGGUGGUGUAUAUUAUUAUUCGAGAUUAGAGAAGGGAAUAGGGAAUAAUUUUUGCAGGGUAAUCAAUUUUUAUGUACCUGGACUUGAUAAGAAGGAUGAGCGAAGAGGAAAUUAUAGAGGAACAUUAGAUGGUUUAAUAUAACUAAUUAAUGAUUUUAUGGAGAAUUUAAAGAUUGAAAAGGCUAUAUUCGUUAUGCAUUCAGUGGGUGGAUUAAUAGGAAAAUCUUUUGCUGCUUAAAAGCCUUAAAGGGUUGAGGCUCUAGUGUAAAUAGCUACAGUGCCUAUAACUAAAUGGAAUGGAAUCAGAUUAUGUGAGUAAAUAGAAUAAAAAUUCUAUUCAUUAAAUGACUCUAUUACCUCAGAAGUAUUUUUCAGCAAUCAAUUCAGAGAAUAAUUUAAAGUCGUUCAUGAUCAAAGCAAGUAAGUUUUAGAUAAUUUAUCAAAAUAAGAGAAGGAAUUACUUGGUCCUAUUCUAUAAUUUAAUUUUCUCGACACCUUAAAUUUUUUGAAGCUCAGAUUAAGUUAUCCUGGUAGAAUCUUUGAAGUACUUCAUAGAAUGAGAUAAGUAGAUAAAAAAAUUCCAAGAAUGUUCGUUUAUUCUUCUUAAGAUUAAUUAAUGCAGUAAAGUCUAUAGGAAGAAGAAAUAUUUUUGUUUGUAGUUGGUCAAGAUGCUGUAAAAAGAAGAAUAACCAAAAAAAUUGAUAAUUAAAUGAAUCUAGAUGAACAAAACUUCAGUGCAAACUAUAUCUUUCGGUAUGACGAUGCAACUCAUAUUGUUUAGCAUGAGAAAGGAACCGAGAUAGGAAUUCUCAUCAAGCAUUUUGUAUCUUAACUACAGUUAACUGAAAUUAUAAUUGAAAAAUCUAAAUUAUGA